AUGUCACAAACACAUCGACAACAGCAGUGGGGCGUUACAGCUCCUAUAUCUCUUGACUUGCCAACAGAACACGAGAUAAAACUGACUGAAGAUCUCGUAAAGACUCUGCACAAUUAUGGGCUAUUUGAGAGUGAAAAAGAGGCUCAAAAAAGGAUAACUGUGUUGAACAAGCUGAAUUUCAUGGUCAAAGACUUUGUCUACCGCGUUGGCAUCAAGCAAGGAUUAUUAGAACAACAAGCAAAGAGUGCCGGAGGAAAGAUAUUCACUUUUGGUAGUUAUAAAUUGGGUGUACAUAAUACGGGGGCUGAUAUUGAUACCUUGUGCGUGGUCCCUAAACAUGUCGAGCGAGAACACUUUUUCACCAUCAUGUACACCAUGCUCAGCGAACGACCUGAAGUGACCGAAUUAACAUCUGUAGUCGAUGCGUAUGUGCCAGUCAUCAAAAUGCGCUUUUCUGGGAUUCCUAUUGAUUUUGUCUGUGCAAGAUUAUCCAUUGCAGCUGUGCCCGAUGAUCUCGACUUGUCUGACAAUAGUUUGCUUUUGGGAUUGGAUGAACGAUGCAUUCGUAGCUUGAACGGCUCUCGUGUGACAGAUGAGAUUCUACGACUUGUGCCUAGCGUACCAGUGUUUCGACUUGCAUUACGAACGAUCAAACUGUGGGCAAAGAAGAGAGCAAUCUAUUCAAACAUCAUGGGAUUUUUGGGCGGUGUUGCUUGGGCCAUGUUAGUCGCUAGAGUGUGUCAAAUGUACCCAAAUGCCUGCGCUGCUUCGAUCGUCAGUAGAUUUUUUCGUAUAAUGUAUCAAUGGGGAUGGCCACAACCAAUAUUACUGAAACCAAUGGAGGAGGGGCCGCUUCCAGCCAGACAAUGGAACCCUAAUUUAUUUCCAGCUGACAAAAGCCAUCGCAUGCCCAUCAUCACACCAGCUUAUCCAUCAAUGUGCGCAACACACAACGUUACGGACUCGACUCGGGACAUCAUGCUUCACGAAUUUUGCAGAACUGGAGAAAUAGCAGAUAAAAUUAUGAUUGGUACAGGAAAAUGGCAGGAUCUAUUUGAAGAGAGCGAUUUUUUCCAAAUCUACAACCACUAUCUACAAAUUGUCGUCAGUUCUUAUUCUCCACAAAUUCGCUUGCAAUGGUCUGGACUAGUGGAAUCUCGAUUGCGUCAAUUAGUGUCGAAAUUGGAAUUAGUUGAUCUACUACAAAUUGCCCACCCUUACAUCAAAGGAAUCGAAAAGGUGCACUAUUGUUUUCCCGGAAAAGAAAGCUGGGAUGCGGCUCAUGGGAAUUUCAACAUUGCCGAAAGAACAUUUACAGUUGAUAGUUCUAUGAGCGAGCAGGAUCACAUCAAAUCAAUUCCGUUUUUAACAGCUGAAGAAAAGGAAUCACUCGUCCCGAUUUAUACCACAACUUUUUACAUUGGAUUGAAAGUGGAGCCUAUCACAGAUGAAUCUCCAGGCCCUCGCAAACUGAAUCUUGUUUGGCCUACAUCCGAAUUUCUCAAAUCAGCAAAAAUGUGGGACAAAUAUGACCAAAAGACGAUGGGAAUUACGAUAAAGAAUUUGAAGGGAUCAAUGUUACCUGACGAAUUGGGCGGUGAGAGCAGGCAGUUGAAAAGACUACAGGCAGCAAGCAAAAUGCAGCAACAGCAACACUCAUCACGAACUUCACCAGUGCCACAAAUAGAUCCACCUUCCAAUUUGGUUAAUAACCAGUAG